AAAUUUCGCGCGAAAUUUAAAUUAAAUGGCGACUGCAACAUCAAGCAACCCGUGGGCAUCGUUUUUCACAGAACAGUUUGAUCGUUUCACAGGAUAUGUUAAGGACGAAAUUACAGCAUAUGAGCUCAUUAAAGCGUACGAAAUUGCCACCACUAGUCGCUUCACUGUAUUCAAACAAACAACGGGCUUCAGUGACACAACGGGCAACGAAAAUGCCAAAACUCAUAGAAAACAUCGCGUGCGAUGGCAAGACCCACAGGAGACCACAGGGUUCAAGCUCGAGUUUGACGGAAUCCCAUUCGAAAUUGCUGGAAUAAGAAUUCUAGAUUGCCAAAAUGGACCCGAUAAAAAUAAAGCGAAGAAAGAAAAGGAGGCUUUAAAGAAGUUUGAACAUGCUGAUGGAGUUGAUCACAGCUAUAAUCAUCCCAAACGUCGUUUUUUGGUACAAGACACGAAAAGAUGCGGCUGUCCUGCCAGAAUUCACAUGAGAAAAAUAGUGAAGUUUCCAGAUUUUCAGAUUACGGAAGAUAAGAAAAAAAAGAAAGAGAUGAUGUCAAAAAUCUUGCGUGAUGCUCGCUUCAGAGAUGAGAGCAUCGUUAUGGAGAAAAGAAUAUAUAUUACUCUGCCUCAGGAAAAAGACCAUUCGUUUCACCUGACAGGAAAGAUCUCUGGACUUCUUCAACCUAUUGACGAGAGACUGGUGAAGAAGAUACAGGAAUUGGUAUCAAACGGAGUUAAUCGUGUCUCUGAGAUGCAACAUCACCUGCAAUAUUACGUGAAGAAGGAAAUAUUUGCUGGACAACAACCACCAGAAGUGACAAACAGGAGAUUCUUCCCUACUAGCGUUGAUGUACGGAAUCAUAUGUACAGAGCGACAGUGCAGCAAAGACACUCAAAUAUUGAUCAAGAAAACUUAGAAUCCAAAAUUAAAGAAUGGCAGAAGGAAAAUCCAGAUGACAAAUUCUAUUUCCGACCGUACAGCCAUGUGAACACCGGCGGAGAUGAUGGAAAAAGUGAUGAAGACGAUGGUGAUUAUGCAAAUGAGAAUGAUCAUAGUUGUGAUGAUGACAUCGUUGAAAUAAAACAAGAAGACCAAUUAAAAAAUCUUCUUCUGGUCCACCAAACACAGUGGCAAAGGAAACUUCUCGAGAGAUAUGGAGGUGAUAUUUGCCUACUUGAUGCGACAUAUAAAACGUCUCGCUAUGCUCUUCCUAUGUUCUUCAUGUGCGUCAAAACCAAUGUCGAUUACUGCGUUGUUGCUUCUUUUGUGGUCCAACAAGAAGAUGCUAAUUCCAUUUGGGAAGCUUUGCAUAUACUGCAAGGUUGGAAUCCAAAUUGGAACCCCGAUUUCUUCAUGGUCGAUUUCUGUGAAGCCGAAAUUAAUGCCAUUGAAAGACUUUUUCCAAACUGCCUUGUGUAUCUGUGUGAUUUUCAUCGCGAACAGGCCUGGGUUCGAUGGGUAAACAAAGGCAAAAAUGGGGUUACAAAAGAACAAAAAGAUAAGCUUCUGACAAGAUUACGUGCAAUGGCAAAAGCUCCUAACGAGGAAGAAUUUCAGACAACCCUUACCAAUCUCAAGAGUGAUGAAUUAUGGAAAACGAACAAAUUAUUGCAAGAUUGGAUGAAUAAAACCUGGCUACCAGAAAAAAAACGCUGGGUCUGGGCAUACAGAAAAGACCGCUUUAAUGUAAAAGUUAAUACUAACAAUGGCGUGGAACGACAGAAUAGAUCAUUGAAGUAUCAGUUUCUGGCUGACAACAGAGAUAAGACUCUAAGUGGACUGAUAAGUGUUGUGGUAACACAGUUUCUCCCCAGCGCCUAUAAAAAGUAA